AGAAUUUUGUAUAAAUUAAGUCAGGAUGGUGAUGUGACUCACUCUGGUCAGACACUAACUUGCAAAUAAACAUUAAUAAUGAUGAUAAAAAAUGUUUUUUUAAUAAUAUGCACGAACUUAGUGUAGGCAUUUGCACAAAACAUCUCAUUAUCAGAACUGCUGUGUUCGACGUGACGCUCAUGACAUCAGCCUCACCACCAGCCACGCAAUCGUGCGUCGUGCUUCUAUUUUUACACUAAAAAGCUAUUUUUGAACAGGGGUGCAGCGACGUGCUUUAGACCCUGGAAGAGAAGAUAAUAUAAGUGGCCGCCCGAGACCCAAAGCUUGAAGUACUUUUCAUGUCUUUUUUCAAAGCUACCCAUCGUGUCAACGCGCAAUUGCGCAGCCGGGAAACCCGACCGGAGACCAGUGGCAUGACAAGGGUGCUUGAAAACUACCGCAGCGCCUCACGAGAACGAGCCUCCAGCUGUGACCCCAUUCCCACGAAACAGACUUCCAAAUUUCUCCAUAACAACGUCGUUCAGGUGAGCAUCCUCUCCAUGAAUCCCCCGCGACUCAAUCGUGGACGCAGCUGGAGGGACCGCUUCGCUUAUUGAAGACAUUUGGAGCCCCGGGAGGGUAAGCAUGACAAUGUAUUGGACUCAUAACCGCCGCGACUUCAACUCGCGAUGACAGUUUGCAUCAGGACUGUGGAUGCACUCAUCAAAAGUCUGGAUAUUUGAGAGGAGGCACCAUGGACGCAGCGGAUAUAGUUGCUUCCGUGUUGGUUUUGGGGAUUAUUUUCGUGUCGCUGCUGUCCAACGUUGUAGUGCUGAUCUGCUUUCUGUACAACCCGGAGAUCCGCAAACAGGUGCCCGGUCUUUUCAUCCUUAACUUGACGUUCUGCAACCUGUUGCUGAGCGUGUCCAACAUGCCACUAACUCUUGUCGGGCUCGUCACCACGGGCCACCCCGGAGGAGGCAGCGGCUACUGUCAAAUCAUGGGUUUCCUCGACACUUUUCUCACCACGAACUCCAUGUUAAGCAUGGCAGCUCUCAGCAUCGAUAGGUGGGUGGCGGUGGUUUUCCCGCUGAGCUACCAUUCGAGGAUACGGCACCGGGACGCGGUGAUCGCGCUGGGAUACACGUGGAUACACUCGCUCUGCUUCUCCACGGUCGCCACCUGUCGCUCCUGGGUCGGGUACCACCACCUUUACGCGUCGUGCACUCUCUGCAACGCCAGGGCGAAGGGAUCCGGGACGCAGUUUGUCGUUUUCACCGUGGCUUUGCACUCCCUCACUUUCCUCCUCACGCUGAUCGUGAUGUGUGUAACGUAUCUGAAAGUGCUGAAAGUUGCGAGGUUUCACUGUAAACGCAUCGACGUGAUCACUAUGCAGACGUUGGUGCUGCUCGUGGACAUUCAUCCCAGUGUGCGGCAGAAAUGCUUGGAUGAGCAGAAGCGGAGGAGGCAGAGGGCCACCAAGAAGAUCAGUACAUUCAUCGGCACAUUUGUGGUGUGCUUCACACCUUAUGUCAUUACAAGAAUUGUAGAGCUCUUCUGCCCAGGGCCCAUAAGCCCUCACUGGGGUGUGCUGUCCAAAUGUUUGGCCUACAGCAAGGCGGCAAGUGACCCAUUUGUCUACUCGCUACUGCGCCACCAGUACAGGAAGACCUGCAGCCUCCUGGCUAACAAAGUCCUCAAGAGGAGUCAGCUCAACUCCUCCUCCCAACGCAGGAUGGAGAACAGCACAGGGAGGAGCGACAACACCGUCAGCACGGCCAACAACAUCCAGGCACCUGCCGACAAGCCGCUUGGCCAGUGAGGGUCGCCGGUUUCAGAGACAAUUAGGGUUCUUUACCAAGCUAAAGGUGGCUAUUUUACUCUGAGGUUUACACUCAUGAGAAGAGAGGUAUGACCAUAGAUUGACCUCUCUGUGAUGGUGUAACAUCAAAGUGAAUGAGAAGAUUAUCACCUAAUUACGCUUUGAAGGACGAGGCUGGUGAAAUUCAAUAUUUUUCUUACUGUCAACGAAUCCAGUGAAAAGACUCAACUAACAAAGUGUUAAUCCCUCUUUCAAUACUUUUCUGCUUUCCCAGCCUGUCUGUGGCGCUCGGCCCUGAGCUCAUGUGUUCCUACUGAGGACAUAAGUCUUAAAAAUAGGUCACAAAUAAAUACUUUCGUUUAAAAAAAAAGCAAAGUAAUUUCCUCAUAUAGCUGGGCUCUGCAGCUUUUUGCAAAUAACUCCUCAAAUGGGAGUGAAAAAUGCAUUUAUAAGGGACUAUUUGUAGCAGUAAAUUUGGUGCAUUAGUGAAUAUUUGCAGCAGCAGGACUGUGUACAUGGGAUUAACUCACAAUUAACCACAGCGUCCAUGUUCGUGGUAAUGAAGGAACAUGGCAUGGAAUGUGGCUCGUAGAUGCGUUUUUAAUAGUUUUUGGACAACAAUAGAGCUCUAUGGCACAGAGGGGAUAACUGUCAGCAAGAGCAAUAUGCUGAAAUAUACAGAAUAGCACUGGCCUCAUCCUUUCUAAAAGAAUAGACCGACCACUUUUGUAGGUUGUGUGUGUAGGUUGUAAUGGCAUUAAGUGUUUCAAUUCAAGUGUAACACCGUCUUUUUCUGAAAAGAAUGGGAAUUCCUAAAGAGAUAGUUUGUAGCAAACAUGUAAAUUUGUAAUCCAAUGUGAACAAGACAGUAGAACCACUUCUGCUAUCACUCCCAGGACUGAUUAGCAGGUCUUAUACAUGGACUAACUAUGGUCUUAUACAUGCUGUUAAAAGUUGGGUCAAAUCAGUAAUGUAUUAACAGAAGAGUAAAACCAAGAAUAUUUUCAUUACCACAAAUAGGUAUAGUUGUAAAUAAGCUCUAUGUCUCAAAAAAAAAUCAUAGAUUUGGCCUUUCAGUGAAAGAACUUUUACAUCCAAUCUGAACUGAAUGGCUGAAUUUCUUGAUUGAAAUUCAAGCAUAACUUCUAACCUCAAUGCCGGUUCUCUAGUACUGUAUGCAUUCAAGGAGUGAUUUAAAACAAGAUGAUGACUCCAACAGUACAGUCAUGUAGAGAACAGAUCAGUGCACCGCACCGAAGGUUUAAUCAAAAUUACUGUAUGUUGUAGCUGUGAGGCCUGAGUUCUAAAGUGCCUUUUAGACAAUGAACUCUCUUAUUUAAUCAGAACACAACAGUGAGGACCUUUCGCAUUUUGUCAUUUCCUUGGUAUUCUGUGGCGUGGUUAGGUGUGAUGAUAGAGCCUGUUUAAGGCAGUUUGGUCACAUUGUGGGAAAAAUUUUAAGUAUUGUUUAUUUUGUAAUACCACCGCAUUGUAUUGUUGCAUCUGGCAAAACAGGGUGAAAUAUUAUUUGAAUGUGGUAGGCAUUAUUCAGUGAUGUGUAGUUAACAUUCCAGCUCAUGACAUAUGAGCGACGGUGUGACGUCUGGAUUAUAAAAAUGAUUCAUUUUGAGAACACUGGCAAAUCAGGAUGUUGUACUUUUACUUUACUGUGACAGUAUGAAGCCUUUAAAAGGCAUAAAACCUAUUUAUUUUUGUCAAAACUGUGUCUGAUUUUUGCUAAAUACGUUUGUGAUUAUAUUGAAAUAAAUGCUGUGCAUUUUGACAUU